CGUGUUGGCAACCUGAGACACCUCUGCAACACCCCAUUCGCCGUCCCUUCGGCGGGGAGAAGCUUCUGAGCGCACACUGACACUGCUUAAUGCUGGCGGGCGCUGUCAACAGCGCAACACGUGCAUAUCUUACCCUUUGGCAACUGCGAAUGCGGUCCUCGCUCACGCUCGGGCAGCGCCUGCAUGCGCAGCGUCAUGGCGUCCCACCGCACUCCUUGGCAACUGGAACGAGUGCGAGGGCGAACCAUCGCAUGGCUGUUAGUGCUUCCGCCACGCAGCGAAGUGGACCCGCCGGCAGCGAACCUGCCGACCAGCCACGCAUUGGGCCACUGGCGCUGGCGGCCGGCACUGCGCUAUGUCUCAUGCUUGGCUCAGGCUUUGCGCCUGAGGGCAGCAGCGGUGCACUUGCGCCGCUGGGGGCGCUGGCGGUCCGCCCCGCACACGCCGAGGCGACGACGCUGAAGGGCACGCCCAUGGCUAGCCGGGCGGCAGAUCUGACGGCGCCGUCGGUGCGCGAUGCGGUGCCGCUGCAGCGCAACAUCGACCCGCUCACCAUGCAGCUGCCGGAUGCGCCGCCGGACCUCACGCCGGAGGAGGUUCGCGCUAUUCGCAUCUUCGCACGUAACACGCCUUCGGUCGUCAACAUCACGAAUUUCCGUCAGGUGCCGGUGCAGUCGGUGUACGGCUUCGGUCGCGGCGGGUUCAGCAUGGACACGGAGAAGGUGCCGGCGGGGCUGGGCAGCGGGUUCGUGUGGGACGACAAGGGGCACAUCGUGACCAACUACCAUGUCAUCAAGGGCGCUGACGAGGUCAAGGUCACGCUGCUGGACCAAACCACCUACACCGCAAAGGUGGUGGGCGGCGACGCGGACAAGGACGUGGCUGUGCUGCGGCUGGUGGACGCCGGCGACAAGAUCAGUGCGCUGACGCCGGUGACACUGGGCAGCAGCGCGCAGCUGCUGGUGGGGCAGCGCGUGUUCGCCAUCGGCAACCCGCUGGGGCUGGAGCACACGCUGACGUCGGGGAUUGUGAGUGGCCUGAACCGCGAGCUGAGCACCGGCACAUUGACCAUCAAGGGGCUGGUGCAGACUGACGCCGCGAUCAACCCCGGCAACAGUGGCGGAGUGCUGCUGGACAGCGCCGGCCGGGUGAUCGGCAUCAACACCGCCAUCGCCGACCCGACCGGCAAGGGCGCAUCCUCCGGCGUGGGCUUCGCGCUGCCCAUCGACAGUGUGCGCGGCCUGGUAGACCAGAUCCUGACCUACGGCCGCGUGCUGCGGCCCGUGCUGGGAGUCAGCCUGGCGCCGCCGCAGGUGCUCAAGCAGCUGGGCCAGCCGGGCGUGCUGGUGCUAGAGGUGCCCAAGGGCUCCCCCGCGGAGAAGGCCGGCAUCAAGCCCACCAUGCGCGACCGCUUCAGCGGCUCCCUGGUGCUGGGCGACAUCAUCACAGGCAUUGACGGCAAGGCCGUAAAGAACUAUUCGGACCUGGUGGAGGCGCUGGAUGAGAAGCGCGUGGGCGACACAGUCAAGGUGGACAUCCUGCGCAGUCAGACUGACAACCUAUUCGCGAGCGGCACUGCGCGGAAGAUGUCUGUGUACAUCACUUUGGGCGAGCGCGGGCAGGUCAAUGUGACUGAGUAAUGGCGCGACACGCCAUGCGGUAGCAGCACUGGUGCACAUUGAUCCGAAGGUUAUGGCGCAGUUGUUGUGUUGUGUUCCGCCUUCCGCUCUGGUCUACGUACGCAUUAGUUCCGCAACACUCGUCAAUACUUGUGUUCCUGGUUCUGCGCCAGCGCACGAUGUGAGGAGGGGCAGGCAGCGUACUGGGAUGGCUGCAUUAAGGCAAUCUGAAUAGCCGUUAUUACAGAGGAGAGCCAAUUCCCUCUAGAAUGCGACAAGUUGCUACUGCGGUGGCCGGCCGGUCUGUAGGGCUCAUGUCACCUGUAACACACCAAUGCAC